CUGCGAGCUAGCUGAAAGCUUCUCGGCCAUGGACGAGCUGCUCUCCCCGUGCUCAUCGUUCUCGCCGCGGUCGCCGUCUUCGAUGUUCUCCUCCGGCGCGGCGGCGGCGGCGGCACACGCGGUGCUCGAGUUCACUUCUUGCGAGGUGCCGGAUGAGUGGCUGAUGGGGGACGUCGUGGUGGCCAAGAACGAGGAGGACGUGGGCGGCGGCGGGCUGUGGGGCGUCGUCGGGGGCUCGCUCUCGCCGGGCUCGGAGCUGUCCGAGCUGCCGAGGAGCUUCGUCGAGGCGCCGGCGCAGCGGCCGGCGAAGCGGCGCGGGAGGAAGCCCGGGCCGCGCCCCGACGGGCCGACGGUGAGCCACGUCGAGGCGGAGCGGCAGCGCAGGGAGAAGCUGAACCGCCGGUUCUGCGACCUCCGCGCCGCCGUCCCCACCGUGUCCCGCAUGGACAAGGCCUCCCUCCUCGCCGACGCCGCCGCCUACAUCGGCGAGCUGCGCGCCCGCGUGGCCCGCCUCGAGGCCGACGCGAGGCAGGCGGCCGCCGCGAGGUGGGAGCCGAGCUCCGGCGGCGGCGGAGGCGGCAACUCCUCCUCCUACCACGCCGCCGCCUCCGCCCUCGCGGGGCUCGACGAGGCCGUCGAGGUGCGCAUGAUGGGCCGCGACGCCGCCACCGUGCGGGUCACCACCACCGGCGCCCGCCACGCGCCGGCCAGGCUGAUGGGCGCUCUCCGCUCCCUCGAGCUGCCCGUGCAGCACGCCUGUGUCAUGCGCUUGCACGGCGUGACCACCGUCCAAGAAGUCCUCGUCGACGUGCCCGCCGCCCUCCAGGACGACGACACCCUCCGCACGGCGCUUCUCCAGAGGCUGCGGGACAGCUAGCUCGCUCGCUCCUCCGCCGCCGCCCGAGAAGAAGAUCGAGCGUGGCCGCAUCCACGUCGUCGUCGUCGUCACACCACAGAGGUAGGCAGAGCUAGCAUCAGGUCAUGGUAAUGGCGAAACUUAACUAGUCGGCCAUGGCCAUCCCAUGGCUAAUCCUCAUGCUAAUGUAAUGUAAUAUGCAAUGCGCAAGAUCACCAUCAUCAUCGUCUUCUUCAAAUAAUUGUCCAAUGUCCAUGGAAUAAUUAAAGGCAAAUUAAUCAAUUAGUCUGUCUAUUACUGCUAUUGUUAUACU